GAACAGUGAGGGCGCAGCAUAUAGGAAUACGAAAUUUAGAUGUUCUUUCUUGUGUAUUAUGUGAUGAACUCAUUUUUUCAAUAAUCUUCUUAAAAAAGUAAUGUCAAAAUAACAACCAGCUAACACGUGCCUUACGUUCUAUAAAUUCAUCGUUUAUUUAUUUGCUCAACUUAACGUAAAGUGAGUUUUUCUCGCUAACAGUUUCCUUCGGCCAUCUUAGUAACUCGAUUCUAAACAAACGUGCCUCAUCGGAUCCGCAAUGGCGGAGACAAACGGGGCCGCAAAUUUAAACACUAAAAAUGGAAAUUUCAUUUGCGGUGUAGUAGAAGGAUUUUAUGGAAGACCAUGGACAACGGAGCAACGAAAGGAUUUGUUUCAAAAACUAAAAAAAUGGGGAAUGGAUUCAUAUUUAUAUGCACCCAAAGACGAUUAUAAACAUCGUGCUUACUGGAGAGAUUUGUAUACGGUGGAAGAAGCAGAACAUCUAACGGGUUUGAUUACAGCUGCUAGAGAAUGUGGUAUCACGUUUUAUUAUGCUCUAUCGCCAGGAUUAGAUAUCACGUAUUCCAGUGCCAAGGAAGUAGCAGCCUUAAAGAGAAAAUUAGAACAAGUCAGCCAAUUUGGUUGUACCGCAUUUGCCUUAUUAUUCGAUGACAUAGAGCCUGAAAUGAGCGAAGCGGACAAAGAAAUGUUUCAAUCUUUCGCGCAUGCACAAGUUUCUGUCACCAAUGAUAUUUUUCAACACCUUGGGCAACCUCGUUUUCUAUUAUGUCCAACGCAAUAUUGUGCAACUCGAGCAAUACCCAAUGUAUCCUCUUCCGAGUACUUAAAUACCCUUGGAAUGAAAUUAGCUCAAGAAAUUGAUAUAAUGUGGACAGGUCCUAAAGUAAUAUCAAGGCUCUUAACGGUUGAAUCUAUCGAAGAAAUUACAGAAGUUCUUAGAAGGCCGCCAGUCAUUUGGGACAACUUGCAUGCUAAUGAUUAUGAUCAAAAAAGAGUUUUCCUUGGGCCGUAUUCAGGUAGAUCGCCUGAUCUUAUUCCUAAACUCAGAGGUGUUCUGACCAAUCCAAAUUGUGAAUAUGGCGCGAAUUUUGUCGCUAUUCACACCUUGGCACAAUGGAGCAGGUGCAAUAUUGAUGGAAAGAGAGAUUUAAGUCUGAACGACACUGUAUCUGCCGAUAUUAAAUUAGAAACAGAGACAGAAGAUGGAGUUGUUGGGGAAGACGUACCUUCAACAUUAUCUCCAAAUAUGUAUCAUCCACGUCAUGCGCUCAAAAAUGCGAUAAAUGAAUGGUUGUCAGAAUUUAAUAAGAAAAAAGUAGCAUGGGGCGUCAUCGCGAAACCACAGCCAUGCGUAGCUCCCACAAUACCGAUCCCAAUUAUUCCUUCUGUAAAUACUUGUAUGAGCUUGACAUCCACAACAACAACAACGGUUCCUGCAACUCCUACACCAGUAACUAAUUCGAAUCAUCUUCAAGCAUUGGCUGAAGUAUGCUCUACCGUUACAAGUAGUGAUAGCUUUGCCCAACCGUCUUCUGGACCCAUGAUGAAUUCUUUAGUAUCUGAUACCAAAGUAAUCAGUGAACCUAUUGUUUCAACGAUAUCUCCCAGUGUAGGAAAUGAGGGAAUUACAACGACCCUAUCUUCGGUUGAGCCAAUGGAUUGUAACACAACCCCAAGUGAUUCUCCUGCUCAUGGAAUAAAAAUACACGUAGAAGACGACAUCAUGGUAGAAAACACUUCUACAUGUAGCGAAGCUUCCGCAGGUAUGCAAGUAGAAGUAGAUGGUACUUCUCCUACAGUAAAUGGUACACAAAUGAUAAUCGAGAAUGAUAGUGAAACUCAUGAGAAUACAGAUAAUGUAGAUCAAGAGUCUUCAUCGAUAAAAGAUGCAGACAAACAAUUGACUCAAGAGGAUCUAUGCUUGUUGUGUGACUUAUUCUAUUUACCGUUUGAACAUGGUGGUCAAGGUAUUCAGUUAUUACAAGAAUUCAACUGGUUAAAGAGCAAUGCUCAUGUUGUUAUGAAGAAAUCAAAAGAAGAGGAUGCUGUUUCGCAAUCUGACAUUGAAGAAUGGCAUGCACGUGCAGCUAAAUUAAAUGAUAUGUGUAAUGCAGUAAACAGAUUAUUUCAACGACUUACGUAUUGUAAUAAUCGCGAACUAUUAUAUGAUUUAUAUUCAUAUAUGUGGGACAUGAGAGGAGUUGUAUCAUUGCUAAAUAGUUAUGUAAAAUGGUUAGCAUUUGGCAGAUUCCCAGCGACGAUGACAACGUAUACCCAGGGAAGCUACACAUGGUUUUCAAAUGGUUGGAAAGAAACAUUUAUGAGUGGUGAUCAAGAACCAUGGGUCUUUCGCGGUGGUCUUACUGCUGACCUACAGAGAUUAAUUCCAGUGGACAGCGGUAACGAUUUAUUUGUUUAUAAAGCACCAGAAAUACCUAGUAGUAAAAUAUAUACAAUACGGCCUUAUUUAGCGAGCGAUGAAGAAGCAGUUUAUGCAGUAUGCAAUCAAAUUUCUAAUUGCACAGGAUCAUCGGCUGUAGCAGACAAAUUAGUUGGUGGAUUUUUAACAUUAAGUCCUGAAUUAUGUAUGAUUGUUGAAGAUGAGAAUGGAAUAGUAGGAUAUGCACUAGCUGCCUUAAACGUCAAAUCUUAUAACCAGAGGUUGGCAGUUUCUUGGAUUCCCGAAUUAAAAAUGAAAUAUCCUUUAGAUAAUGGUAUGAAUAAUUUACCACAGGAUAUUCAGGAUGCAAUACAGUAUUUUCAUACAUUUAGCCCAGAUGUAUCAGAGCAACUGUGUAGACAUCAUCCGUCAAAACUUUUGUGCGCAAUACUACCUACUGUAACAGAUCAAUCAAUUCCUAAAAGAUUGAUUACUUGUGUCUUAGCAGCUUUAAGAGCUAAUGGAUCUUUCGGGGUUCAUACAACCAUGUGCUCUACAGAUAAGGAAACUAAUGAAUUUUAUACAAAAUUAGGAUUUGUUGAAUUGAAUCCAGCACAGGAGGAACAUCCUGGAAUAAAAACAAUGUGUAGAAGUUUCUAACAGAGACUGAACACACAACUAUUAUUUUUAAAUAAAGUAUAUUUACUUGGACCUUCAACAAAGAAAGGAUUUAUGACAUAAAAAAUUUCGCGACAAGUUAAAACUGUUUUUAGAUUUUUAUAUAUAUAUAUAUAUAUAUAUAUAUAUAUAUAUAUGUGUGUGUGUGUGUA